AUGCAGGCUCCUCGUAAGAAGGAGGCCAACAAGAACGACGACGAGGUCGCGUGUGCGGUGGUUCUCCUCCCAUACGCCGCGGUGUUCAUCGUCUGCGCCGCGCUCAGCCACAAGGAGACCGUGCCCUACACCAACCGCGCCCAUUGGGUAAUCCUCUCCCCGUCCAUUGAGCGCAAGGUCGGAGAAAAACUCUUCGAGUACUUCAAGAAGAAGCACAGCAAAGACAUCCUUGGCCCGUCUGAUCCGAGCACCGCCCGUGUCCACCUCAUCUUAUCUGAUAUCAUCUGCGGAAUCCAGGAAGUCUUCCCCACCAACAGCCUCCGCGACGACGCUAAGCAGGGGAAGGCGGCGGCGCGGCCGCAGACAGGGCAUCUCCGUGACCUUAAGUGGGAGGUGAUUGUAAUGAGAGAUAAGAGUGUCAAUGCGUACAGCUUGCCCGGUGGUAAGAUUGUAGUGUUCACUGGAUUGCUCAACGUUCUCAAGACCGAUGCUGAGAUUGCCGCUAUUAUUGCGCACGAGGAACAAGUUGGAGGCAGAUCUCAUCGGAAUGAUGCUACUGGCUGCCGCUGGUUUCGAUCCACGCACAGAGUCCCUGAGGUCUGCCAGAAGUUAGGGGAGCUUGUAGGUGACUCGGCGCUGAAUGAUUACAUCGGCCAUCAUCCUUUGUGUAUGAAAAGGUCACGGCUAUUAUCAUGGGGGGAUGCCAUGAAGGAGGCGUUGGAAUUGUACUGCAACUCUGCAAGCAAGUUUUCUCGAGGAAAGGUGCCGAUGUUUCCCUUAAGGUGGAAGGAUCUCGGAUACUCCUAUGUUAGAUUUACUUUGUGA